ACGCCGGACUCAUAUCAUUGGAAAUAUCCAAACAGAAGAUGGCGCUCGUCGGGUUUCCAGUGGUCUCAGCCCAGCGCAGUCAUAACAUACAUAGCAGAAGUAAACGACGCAGAACAGUAGUGGAUUUUCCAGGAGCCUCAGUAGUUGUCCCUCAGAUUAAAGGAAAAGUGAAACAUAAGAGAGUUGGUCUGACCUCAACAGGACCUCCAGUUCGACAGCACGCACCUAUCCUGAACCUAGAGGGGCGCAUUAUUGGGCGGGUGACCAGCAUUUGCCCUUCGCUCACUCUGCAAGUGAAUGUGGCCAUGGGUUAUGUGGAACCAGAAUAUGCAAAAGCUGGCGUUUUGAAAUCAGGAAGAAGCUUGUGGAUGGUGUUACCACUAAAAUGCAGUUUGUGCCAACAAAGUAUUAUACCCUGAAAUGAACUGGUGUAAGAGGAAACAUGUAGAACUGUAUUCUUUGCAAGUAUGUAAUGAGCUGUGUGUAUGUGUCUAUACACCUUUUCUUUUCCUAUCUAAAUGAACAUUGUGCACAUGUGGGUUUGCUUUCCCUGUGUAAGUACAUGCCAGUGUCCAUAUUCAAUUAUCUGUGACAAGAAACAUAAAGCAGUUAAAAUACAACCCAAAUGAAAGGCAGAUGCUGAGAGUCCCACUACUCAAGCAAUACAAUGAAUUACUGUACUUUUGUAACUUGCAUAUGGAAGCCAAACUCCACUUCAUUUCAACUCUCAGGUCCUUUCUUUACUCAGGGCAGGCCCGGACUGGCAAU